AUGAAUGAGACGGAAGAAGUAUUCGAGCUACAGUAUCUGUGUCCAUCAUGCAAAGUCACAGCCGUCGUACUGUACACAACACUCUCCAUACUGGCUUUCAUUGGCAACUCUUUAAUUGUCGCAGUAAUCGUCUACUUUCGCCGACUACACACCGCCACCAACAUGUUGAUCAUGAACUUGGCCAUAGCUGACCUUAUGAUUAGUAUCUUCUGCAUGCCGUUGUCAUAUUGGCAUGUUAUUAUUUUCGAGGAUCAACGAUGGGUAUUUGGUGCUUUUUUGUGCAAAAUUUUUAACUUUUUGCAAGCUGGGGCAGUGUUUUUGAGUUCAUGGACACUUGUGGUCAUAAGGUGAGUUUUUUUGUUGAUAAUGUAAAAAGAUGGCUUUAUAGGAAAAUUUUAGUAGAUAGGUUGUGUAAAGCGUAAAAAGAUGUAUACAUUCCCAAAGUUUUAAAAAUUUACGGUUUUGCUUUCUCGAGUUAUUCUUUGCAAAUUCCGUCUAUUUUUCAUCUUUUUUAGGCAACACUUGACAAUUUUUUGUUUUUUUUGUGUCAAAAGCAUAUUUACAAUGAUGUUACUUUACAACAGAUAAAAGAAUUAGCCAGAUUAUCCAACAAUAAAUUAUAAUGCAUCCUUUUUGUCUGUUUGGACAAAAAAUGUGACAAUUUGAGAAUAGGAACACUUGAAAGUUGCAAAAGCUGUUUUUUAUCUAAAAAUUGAAAAAAAAGUUUUAAAUUGAAGCCUGGCAUCAAAUGUUGAAAUUCUGUAAAAUGUCAAAAGGAUUAGCUAAUAAGCAGAGUUUUAGUUAUAUUUCAAAUGAUUUUAAGUAUGAUAACAUAAUUUAGGCCUUGAGCACAAAAUUCAAAGCAAACUUUAAAAAAAAACAGAAAAAAAAUUUUUAAUUUUUAAAAAAAUUACAAAACUUAAAUUGUGUCAAAAUUUACAAAAACUUUGUUUACAGCUUCGACCGAUUCAUGGCCAUAAUGUUUGUGAUGUCACCAUGGCUGCGAUUAACGAGACGUCGAGCGUUCCUUCUCAUCCUGGGGACUUGGGCCUUCUCAUUAGUUAUGGCACUACCCUUGUUGAUUGUCAAUCAGGUACGGGUUUGUUUUUCGUUCAUUUUGAAGUGCAAAAUUUAAAAAAAAACAAAAAAUGUUAUUUUUGUGGUUAUGAACGUAGAACAUGAUUAUUGAAGUUCUGUAAGUCAAUGUAUCAUGGAUGUAAAUAUUCCUGUGUCCUUGACUUCGAAGUUUUACUUUGAGAAAAGGCACAGAAUUAUUUGAACAAUCUGUUAUUACAACUUUAAGUGCAUGGUAUGGAAUUUAUACUAUUAGGUUGAAUAGAAAGUAAUGAGCUAAUGAACCAUAUUUCAGCUAUCAGAUAUAGCUCAUUACGUUUUAUACAAUAUAAUUGUCCAAUCUGUAGUACUACAAAGUUUUCAAAGCGUACAGCCAAAAGUAUAAAUAUAGUUAUAUGAGUGUGGAGAAAAGCCUUGGCGUCAAUUUUUUCUGUCAAAAAGCGACAAGUCUUUUAUUAGACACUAGAUAUAGAUGAUCUUUAAAACGCAUUUUUGAUUUGCAUAAACUUUAAUAUAAAGAGCACUAUAGUAUAAGUUAAGUACGUAGGCAGUUAUUAAUUCGGUUUGUUUUUCAUGUCUUUGUAUCUACGUAUUAUGAUGUAGAAAAUGCGGAAUUAGCUACUGUAAAGCUGUGUACCGCUUCAUUGACUUCAUAAUUUGUAUACAUAGUUUUAUUAGGUAGUUCAAUUAAUUCUUACUGUUUAUGUAUGACUGAUGUUUUUAUAAAUAUUGAAAAAUCACAAGAUGCAAGCCCAUGGUUAAUAUAUUAUUUCAUUAAAUUGCUACGGAUUUUGUGAGGGUUAAGCUGUAAAAAUACUGCCGAGGAUUCAAUGUUCACGACAUCAAGAAGGCACGACAGAGACUUUAACACGCUUAAACUUCAAGUAUAAUACAAGAUCGUAAAACGUAUAUUGUGUAUUGUAAACGCUAGCAAUUGGUUUGAAAAUGUGUUUUGAGGUUUUAAACAGUGUAAAAUUUAGUUUUAAGUCUUUAACAGCUACUGGGACCCAAACCGAUCUUUUGGGCUAGCCUUGGUUUUGCUGUGACUCUGAAAGUUUAAGCAUAACACCUAAAGUAUUAACUAAAACAUGAAAUAUAGUGCUUAAAAUCUCCUCAUAAUAUCCAAAACCCGCUCAGAACCUUCUCUAUUUCCACGUAUUUUCAGACCGAGCCAACGCCCGCCGGCGUGGAGACGUGUCAAGAGAAGUGGGAACUCCUCAGUCCCUUAGGGGAUGUAGAUCAAAUCGUGCACAGCUACACAUCAGCCCUUUUCGCUCUACAAUAUUGUCUACCAUUGUUUGUUUUGGUAAUCACGUACACGUUCAUUGGGCUCCGAAUGUGGAACAGCAAAGUGCCUGGGGCUGAUCGGACACAAAGUACGCGAUACGUGGUACAGGGACGGCAUGACUCGGUUAAAAAGGUGGGUACUGUAGAUUUUGUGGCAGAUUUGUAAAGAUUUCAAUUUUUUUCGAAAUUUAAUUUUUUUUUAAAUUUUAAAAUUUUUGAAGGAAAAGUUUCCUAUUUUACCAUCAUCAUUAUCUAUAUCACAAAUCCUUUAAGAAGUUUUUUAGUCUGCCAUUUAUAUCUUCAUCUACCGUAUAUACUGUCACAGGCAUGCAUAGAUAGACUUCACUAGUUUCUUCCUCUCCCUAGACUGCAAUAUAUAUAAUAUCUGUGUCGAAGCUCAUACUUGAUAUUUACUAUAGUGCAUACUUUGUUGUUCUUCAUAUUUUGGUAAAUUUCUUGAAUACAAAAGGGCACAUAUUGUUGUCAAUAACUACGUAUUAUAGUUGCUUUUAUGUCACAAUUUAUAAAAUUAAAAGAGUCUUUUAAGGGCAUCCGGAUAUUUUUCAUAUCUUAAGAAGAUUCAGAAAAAGUUUUCUGAAGUGUUAUAGGUUUUUCAAAGCUAUGCUAUAACAAUACAAAAAGCCAUAAAAAUUUAUUUAACCAAUUAAGCUACUUUUCGUAUUUUACAACAAGUUAUAGGUUCACAAAAAAGUUAGUGCUAGUGCAAGAGCAAUAAGUUCAGACCUUGAUCUCUAGCCUUAAAGUUCAAGAUUCUCUAAAAUCUUGUAAUUCUCACAAAUUUCAGUCAAAAAACUAGAUUAUUUGCUUCAAAACAGUAUCUUUUACCAUUGAUUACGUUAUUCAUAAGCUUACAAAUAAAAAUUGUUAUUCAUUACAGAUAUUGUAAGUUAUUUUUCUACGUACAUAUUAUGACCAUCUUUACAAUCAGUGUGAUUGCUUUUUACAAGUAACAUUUUUGCGUCAGGAGAAGAGAUAAAAUGUCACAAAAACAAUAGGAUUUUUGAUUUUUGUCAUAGUACAAUAUGAUUUACUAGAGUAUCUUUCUUAAUCAAGCUAUAACAUAAAUUUUUGAAAUUACUGUAAUAUAAAGCUACGAAUAAGGUUACAACUGUAGAAUAUUGACCUAACGGUUCAGAAAAAUUUGUUUUUGACAUUAAGUAAAGUCUGCCAAUUUUUAGUUAUACAUUGGUCAAUACCACCUAUUUACGUUCACUGUAGUUGUCAAUAAUACUAUUUUUAUACCAUCUACUACGUUAUUGACUGUCAUGGCAUUGACAUGUCACUCUAUCUUAAAAUAACAAAAAAUAUUUUAAAAAUUUUAAAAAGUAGCAAAACCUGUCCAAACUUUAAAGACAACAAUUAUACAGCGUAUUUUACUCUAUACAAUUGAAUACAAAUUAGUCUAUCCUUACCAUAUCUUAUAGAAUAUUAUACAAUAACGUACUACAAUAGCCGAAACUUAAAUUUUUUAUGCCUAAUUAGUCCAGUACAGUACGGUAAAAAUAAUAAAAAAUUUUUUUCAGCUGAUCCCCAUGGUGCUAUUAGUAAGUGCAUUGUACGCUGGAUGUUGGCUACCCCAAAACCUUCUUAUGAACAUAUGGGUAACCUAUGACCCCACCAUCACCUCCCACCCCUACAUUCUCUACAUCUGGUGGGCUGCUCAUACCAUAGCCAUGUUUCAUUCGAUUGUCAACCCCUUCAUUUACUAUUGGCAGAACCGGAGGAUCAACGAAGGCGUACGCUAUCUGCUACGAUGGCUACCGUUCAUUCAUUUCGAUAACUUCCAUUACCUGGAAGAAAAACCGGGUAGUAGGGCGGUCAAGUUCGUCAACAUGGUCGCUUACAUGCCCGUAGCUGGAAAGAAAGUUUUGCACUCGACUGUCUCAGACAGUGGUUGA